UCCAAAACAGCUGUCGCAUCGCGCAUGGAUGACGUGCCGCGCUGGAGAUUCAUCGAUUGAUUUCGUUUCCGUUUAUUUCGUCGCCAAAGUCAGUCGCGACUGAUGCGACGGAGCCGUGUGUAGUUAUUUAGUUUAGUAGUGUGUGGUGACAAACGUGCAAUAUGGGGUCGUUGUUCCGGAGUGAGGAGAUGACUUUAUGUCAGCUCUUCCUGCAGAGUGAAGCUGCGUAUGCCUGCGUGUCGGAGCUAGGAGAGCUGGGGCUUGUACAAUUUCGCGAUCUAAACCCCGACGUCAAUGCCUUCCAACGCAAAUUUGUCAACGAGGUCCGUCGCUGCGACGAAAUGGAGCGCAAGCUCCGCUACCUCGAGAAGGAGAUCCGACGAGACGGGAUCCCCAUGUUGGAGAUCCCGGGGGAAUGCCCAGAAGCACCUCAACCUAGGGAGAUGAUUGAUCUUGAGGCCACUUUUGAAAAGCUGGAAAACGAGCUGCGCGAGGUCAACCAAAACGCCGAGGCUCUCAAAAGAAAUUACCUCGAGCUCACAGAGCUGAAGCACAUCCUCAGGAAGACGCAGGUGUUCUUCGACGAGCACGAGGGCGGGGCCGGUACCACAGAGUCCAUGACGCGGGCGCUGAUAUCCGACGACCAGAACAGAAAUGUCGGUCACGUCCAACUGGGUAUGCGGGAUAAGCAGGAGUCAUUGGAAUUCUUACCGUGCUUCGUCGCUGGCGUGAUCCUCCGUGAACGCAUACCAGCAUUCGAGCGUAUGCUGUGGCGCGCGUGCCGCGGCAAUGUCUUUCUGCGACAGGCUGAGAUUGACUCGCCUCUAGAGGACCCGUCUUCCUCUGACCAGGUGUACAAGUCGGUCUUCAUCAUCUUCUUCCAAGGUGACCAGCUGAAGACACGUGUCAAGAAAAUCUGCGAGGGCUUCCGCGCCACGCUCUACCCGUGCCCCGAAGCACCCGCGGACCGACGUGAAAUGGCCAUGGGCGUUAUGACACGGAUUGAGGAUCUUAACACGGUCCUCGGCCAAACGCAAGACCACCGUCACCGCGUGCUCGUCGCCGCCGCCAAGAACAUCAAGAACUGGUUCGUGAAAGUCCGCAAGAUCAAGGCCAUCUACCACACGCUGAACCUGUUCAACCUGGAUGUGACGCAGAAGUGUCUUAUUGCUGAAUGCUGGGUGCCGGCUCUUGACUUGGAGACCAUCCAGCUGGCGUUGAGGAGAGGAACGGAACGCUCCGGCAGCUCGGUGCCGCCCAUCCUGAACCGGAUGGAGACGCUGGAGGACCCGCCCACGUACAACCGCACCAACAAGUUCACGUCCGCCUUCCAGAACCUCAUCUACGCGUACGGUGUCGCCACCUACCGAGAGGUCAACCCUGCCCCAUACACCAUCAUCACGUUCCCGUUCCUGUUCGCCGUCAUGUUCGGCGACCUGGGCCACGGCGCGCUCAUGGCCGCCUUCGGCUUCUGGAUGUGCUACAAGGAGAAACCGCUGCAGGCCAAGAAGAUCGACAGCGAGAUCUGGACGAUAUUCUUCGGCGGCCGCUACAUCAUACUCCUCAUGGGCCUGUUCUCCAUGUACACCGGGCUCAUCUACAACGACAUCUUCUCCAAAAGUCUCAACAUCUUCGGCUCGGCGUGGCGAAACAACUACGGCAAGUCGACGCUGCAGGAGAACGCGAUGUUGCAACUCAAUCCGGACUCCUGGGACUACGUUCAGACCCCGUACCCGUUCGGGAUCGAUCCCGUGUGGCAGCUCGCUGAGGCCAACAAGAUCAUCUUCAUGAACGCCUACAAGAUGAAGAUCUCCAUCAUUAUCGGUGUCUUCCACAUGCUGUUCGGUGUGUGCAUGUCGCUCUGGAACCAUCUGUACUUCAAGCGGCGCACCAGCGUGUAUGUGGAGUUCGUGCCUCAGAUCGUGUUCCUGGUGCUGCUGUUCUUCUACAUGGUGCUGCUCAUGUUCAUCAAGUGGACCAGCUACGGCUCCACGCCGCCGCACUUCGGCGACCCAGCUUACGUGACAACCAGCGCAUUCUGUGCACCCUCCAUCCUGAUCACAUUCAUCAACAUGAUGCUGUUCAAACAAGACGACAACGAUCCGUCGCGGGAAAUGUGCGCCGAGAACAUGACCAUGUACGCAGGACAACUCGGCCUGCAGAAGUUCUUCGUGGUGGUGGCGCUGCUGUGCGUGCCCGUCAUGCUGCUCGGCAAGCCGUACUUCAUCAUGCAAGACCAGAAGAAACGCGCCCGUGCGGGUCACCAGAGCAUCGAGGGUGCCGCCGAGAACGGCUCCGCCGGCGGCGCGCCCGUGCCCGCCGGGGGGCACCACGACGAGGACAUCACCGAGGUCUUCAUCCACCAGGCCAUCCACACGAUCGAGUACGUGCUAGGAAGCAUCUCCCACACGGCCUCGUACCUGCGCCUGUGGGCCCUGUCCCUCGCCCACGCGCAGCUGGCUGAAGUGGCCUGGAACAUGCUGCUUCGGAAAGGCCUGCAGUCCAGCGGGUUCUCGGGCGGCAUCUUCCUGUACGUGGUGUUCGCGGGCUGGGCCGCCAUCUCCGUGUCCAUCCUGGUGCUCAUGGAGGGGCUGUCCGCCUUCCUGCACACGCUGCGCCUGCACUGGGUGGAGUUCCAGAGCAAGUUCUACGCCGGCGAGGGCUACCUCUUCCAGCCCUUCUCGUUCGAGGUCAUCCUCGAGUCCGCCGGCCAGGGCGACGAGUAAACACAACCUCCAUCAGGCGAGCAACACAAAUAACUUUAUUAUGGCAGAUAUUACAAUACUAUGUUUCCACUUAACCUCGUAACGCCCCUUAUGGGACAUACACAGAUUUUAUGUGUACAAUAGUGCAUAUAAGUAAUAUUUUUACCACAGCGGUUAAUAGAAAAGAGUACCCCUUUAAGAAAAUUAAGCUUUAUAGCUAUUAACUUUGCGUAUGUUUACAGUAGAAACUUAAACUUAAUUGUUAUAUAUUUAAUGUAAUUUUGACAUUUCUUAAAAUGAUAAUUUUGUUACAUUUGGGUACAUUGAUUUUUUGAAAAAUAACUAAACUGUAAAACUAGAAUCAGAAAGACCAUGAAUAAAUUGUGUGGUAAUUCUUACGGGGUUAAGAAUUUAGUCAAAAGCAUUCAUAAUUAAAAAAUAUAAACAUUAAAUUCAACUUCAUUCAAUACCUAUUUAUAAAAAUUGUAAACUAGUUGAAUUUCUAUUAACACAUUGAGUGCCGGGAACCCGCUCGGCGGGCGCUCUGUUCAGUCGCUUUCCUCUACAAAGCGGGAAAACGCCACAAUCGGCUACGCGUGUAGCGCUACGAAAACGUUGGCAGUGAAUGCGUUAAUAUAAUAAACAUUAGAAAAUUUUGAUACAUAGUCAAAAUAAAGGUUAUAUAAAAUAAAACUUUAGAUCUCUUAAAACGUUGCUUAGCCUACUUGAUGUGAUUGUAGAACUUAGGUCGGUAUUUCCACGGACUUAAAGCCACUUAAUAUUGAACCUAGUGUAAUGUAUUUAUUGGUGUUAUUUUCGCUUCUCUUUUAACGCGUAAGAUAAGUAUAAUUGUUGAAAUCAUAAAUGCUGUAACUAAACUUUAUAUUUUUUUAUACCAUUCCGUUCUCAAGGGUACAAAACAUAAGUAAAUGAAUACUAAAAUGCUUAGAGUUGUGCGAAAUAUUGUGGCUGCUUUUGGUUAAAACCUACAGUGACAUGAUCAAAGAGAAUUUGAAAUAGACGUCAAAGAAAACUUUGUGGACACAGUGAAUUUAUUGCCAUUACAAGCAUUUAUUGACAAGCGCUGGUGGCCUAGCGGUAAGAGCGUGCGACUUGCAAUCCGGAGGUCGCGGGUUCAAACCCCGGCUCGUACCAAUGAGUUUUUCGGAACUUAUGUACGAAAUAUCAUUUGAUAUUUACCAGUCGCUUUUCGGUGAAGGAAAACAUCGCGAGGAAACCGGACUAAUCCCAACAAGGCCUAGUUUACCCUCUGGGUUGGAAGGGCAGAUGGCAGUCGCUUUCGUAAAAAUUAGUGCCUACGCCAAAUCUUGGGAUUAGUUGUCAAGCGGACCCCAGGCUCCCAUGAGCCGUGGCAAAAUGCCGGGACAACGCGAGGAAGAAGGAGAGUGAAUUUAUUGCCAUCUUUCGACACGUGAUUAAAACUUUUGAACGCCAUUUGACUUUGAUCCUUAUUCUUUCACUGAUAUGUGUUAAAUUUGUUAAAUAUCAAACAGUAGCGCCAUCUAAUAGAUUAAAGGCCAAAGGCAAUGCCGGAUUUAGAGGUCUGGAGGCCUCGGGCAAUAAAGGAGUGGCGGCCCCCUGGCCUCAAAUUAUUUUCCAAAUAAAAUGGUUAAUUUUCCGAAGUCUCUAUUGUGGGGGCCCCUCUUUUGUGGAGGCCCCAAGCUGUAGCCCCUAAACCCGGCCCUGGCCAAAGGUAUGGCGGAAUCGUUUCCAGCGAUGUCGCAACAAAUUUAACACAUAUCAUUGAAUAAGGAUCAAAAUCAAAUGGCGCUCUAAAUGUUAUAAUCAUGUGUCGAAAGAUGGCAGUAAAUUUACUGUGGCUACAAAAUUUUCUUUAACAAUCCACCUUCAUUUUAAAUUCUUUGUACUUCUACUUCAGGUGUUAAAUUGGCUACAUUAUUUGUCAUUACUUUCAGCGUCUUAGGUCAAGGAAUUUAAUUUCAGUACGCUUUCGUACUUUAUAACAUUGACAACAGUGUGAGGGUCCUAGCAACUAUGGAGUGUGGAAUAAAAGGAGGAACAUCUCUAUGUAUGAAAAGUGUCCAUCAAAAAACAUUAAAGAGGCGGCGCCACAAUACACCGAAAUAAAAUGUCAUUUAUUUAAUCGUAUGGCAUGCAUGGUUAGGCAAUCAGAGAACAGCUUUGAGGUUGUUAAGCCAGGUAACUACGUCGGGUGUCAAGACAUCUAGAUCCUCAGCUGGGCCAGGAUAGAAGUGAAGUGGGCAGCGCCGAAAUAUGUGCUCAAUGGUUUGUUCUUCUUCGCCGCACUCGCAGAGCGGAGACUCCUUCCAAGCCCACUUAUGUUGGAAAUAAUUACAGCGGCCAUGACCUGUUCUCAACCUGUUCAGACGACACCAGAUCUUUCGAGGUAGAUGGAACCCUUUUGGUUUUUUCGUCGGAUCUGGGAGAUAGAGGUCAUCUUUUCCAACCGUGGCAGUAGACCAUUCAUCUUUCCACCGGUCCAAGAUGUUAAAAUUGCUUAGGCUUGGCGCUAUAGCACAGGGUGGGUUUCGAGAGACCAAACGUUGUGGGGGAGGGUAGCAGAACUCUUUAUGGGCUGGUAACGUUGGAUUUUUCAGAAUCUUCUCCACUUCUCUCUUCAAAGCCUGAGCGCGUCGGAGAUGAGGCGGGGCUACAUGGCUUAGUAGUGGCAGCCAGUGGACCGGAGUAGAUUUGAUAGUGCCGGAGAUGCAACGCAUGGUAUCGUGCAGUUUGACGUCCACUUUGUUGGUAUGUGCACUCCCCAACCAUACUGGUGCGCAGUACUCCGCCGCAGAGUACACAAGCGCGAUCCCUGAUGUGCGUAAGCAAUCCGCCGAAGCUCCCCAGCUGGUGCCACAGAGUUUAUGGUGAAUGUCAUAGACCUAUUUAUAUAGAUGUGCUAUACGCGUGCGUCCGUGCGGGACAGAACAUACGCAAUGCGACAAAAUUAAAAACACAUUUUAACAUUCCUGACAACAUACCCAAAACAACCUACGUAAUUUGGUCGGGUUAUUUGUUGCUUCUCCCCCAUUUCAUCUCUAUAUUAUACCUCUAUGAUUCAUGUAAUCCAUGAGCCUACCUAGCGCCACAGGAGAGAUUAGGAACUAUUAUUUAAAGCUGAUAGCUGGUCACUUUUGCAAUAGUUCUGCCAUAAGAGAUUUUCCUCCUUUUAAUUCCACACUUCAUACUAGCGGCUUCCAUAUAGGGAGCGUGCAUGAACUAUAGGAGGCAGCACAGGAGCCGUCAGAUUUUUGGCGCGAGGCGUAAAUGUGAUGUUUUUUGUUCCGAUGGAGCCCACAAGAUGGCAGAACCUACUAUGCACAAGAAAACUCUUGACGUGUAAAUGUGCCUGUUUAUGGUUCCGAUUCAGACCACAAGAUGGCAGACCCUCCAAUGCGCACGGUCCCUAUAUUGAUUGUCACUGUGAUAAGUUACGAAAUGGGACAAACAUUAAAUUCUUUAACUGUUCCUUUGCUUAUGUUCAAAAUAACAUUUUUGUAUUGUGUACAUGUUUUUUUGCAAUUUAGGAAAUAAAUGUGUGAAUUAAUAAUUUUGUAUUCUUGAUCCCUUGUACUUAAUCUGAUGUAUUGGUGUGCUCUCUCUAAGAUAGUUCGAGUCAUUCCGAUAGGGCAAUAGUUCACAUGUUGAAGAUCACAAUAAUAAAUGUUUAUGUAGUAUGCAA